CUCGAUCUGAACUGCCGAAGGGAUUUUAUUUCAGUGCUUCUACAGAAUUAUAUGUCAUUUUGGUCGGAUUUAGGGCAAUUUUUGUUGUUAUUUUGAAACUGAAGGAUUGAGCAUUUGUUUUGAAAUGAUGGCAAAAGCUUUGGGUCUCAGCCGUCUUUUCAGAACAAGGUUGAAUUCGCCGUUCGCUGCACUUCUCCAGAUCCAAACAUGGCGGCCGUCACGAACAUUAGAACAAGAGCGUUUUUUCCAAGCUUACUCGCCUGAGCCCUUUCACCCCAUAAUUGGUAAAACCCCAGUGUGGAAGUCUCCUGAUGAAGCGGUUCAAGUCAUUCAGUCCGACAUGAAAGUAUUUGUGCACAGUGCUGCGGCUACACCGACACCAUUAGUGGAAGCAAUGGCAAGAUGGGGAAAGAAGGCCAACCUAUCAAAUGUUGAAGUGAUUCAUAUUCACACUGAUGGAGCAGCUCCUCAUGUCAGUGAAGAAUACGAAGGGAUCUUUAGAGACAACUCAUUAUUUAUUGGAGGAAACUGUCGUAAAGCUAUCAAUGAAGGCAGAGCUGAUGUUACACCAAUAUUUCUAAGCGAAAUCCCUUUGUUAUUUGAUCGUAAAAUCAUGGAACUCGAUGUGGCAUUGAUUCAAGUCAGCCCACCUGACAAACAUGGCUUUUGUACUCUGGGACCUAGCGUGGAUUGCACAAGAUCAGCAAUCAAAAAUGCAAAAUACAUCAUUGGACUUGUGAACCCUCAGUGUCCACGUACCCACGGACCAGGAGGCAUCCAUCAAUCUCAUCUUGACUGCUUGACUGUUGCUGAUUUUCCACUUCAUCAACACAAGCCAGGAGUCAUCUCAGAGGCAGAUGGGAAGAUUGGAAAGCUUAUUGCAGAGAACCUGGUUGAUAAUGGGGCUACUUUGCAAAUGGGUAUUGGAACUAUCCCUGAUGCCAGCCUUGCUGAGCUCAAAAACCACAAAGACCUUGGCAUUCAUUCUGAGAUGUUUAGUGAUGGUGUAGUUGACUUGGUUGAGUCUGGUGCCAUUACCAAUGAGAAGAAAAUCAUUGUUCCUGGACGUAUUGUUGGUAGUUUUGUUAUUGGUACCGAUAAGGUCUUUGAGUUCAUAGAUAAUAAUCCAUUUGUAGUGAUGAUGGACGUUGGAUUUGUCAAUCGUGUGUCUAUUGCCAGCCAAAAUCCUAAAGUCACAGCCAUCAAUUCUUGUAUUGAGGUUGAUCUUACAGGACAAGUUGUGUCAGACUCUAUAGGGACUUACAUGUACUCAGGUGUUGGAGGACAAAUAGACUUUCUCCGUAGCGCAGCACUCGGUUUUGACGGCCUUGGUAAACCCAUCCUAGCCAUCAACUCAACAACAGGCAAGGGACUGUCCAAAAUAGUUCCUUUUAUAAAACAAGGAGCUGGAGUGGUGACAACGAGGGCUCACAUCCAUUACCUAGUCACCGAGUAUGGCAUUGCUCAUCUGUUUGGUAAAAAUCUACGACAAAGAGCUUACGAAUUGAUUCAAAUCGCACAUCCUGAUCAUCGAGAAAGUCUUGAAAAAGCUGCUUUUGAACGUUUAAAGUGCAUGCCGUCACCAGACUAGAGUUGGAAUGAUGUUGACCUUGAUUUGCACUAAAACUGAGACGACUGGACUGGCCAUUUAGAAAGCAUGACCUUUGUUUAGUAACUAAGGCAGACUACCAUAAAACACAGGUGAAAUCUGAUUAAUUUUAUUUACUUUUUGGCAGUUUAGUGACCCAAUAAGUUAUUGCAGAUUGCUCGAGUAAAUGUUAGGAGUUUAUUUUAUUAUCACUGGUACAUAGACGUACUUAAAAAAGAAUGCUGUCCAAACUGAGAAAGAUUUUAAAAUUAGGUAACACCGAUGUUAUAAUAAUUAUUAUAGGAACUGUAAGUAUAAGUAAGUUAUACAUGAAUUAUAAAGUAAAUAGUAUUGUUUAUAAAGUAAAGUUAAACUCUUUAAACUAAAGCUUACUUUCCACAGAAAGUCUUGUGAAUAAAUACUAUUCUUAAAUAAACAUUAAAGUACUAUAUAGAUUCUUCUUUUUAGUUUAAGUCAUUAAAAUUUGUUAAUAGUGAAUUCAAAAGUUAAAAAAGUCCGAUAAAGUUCUAUUCAGUGUAGCUGCAUACUGCAGGAGUUACGAUUUUCUACAUGCUCUUAUAAAAUUGUUCAGUCUAUUCUAUUUUUUUCGUCCAUUCAGGAUUAUAUAAGUCGAAACUC